UUUGCGAGAGUAACCCUUGUAAUCCAUCAACGCGAGUCGCCACUAGCGCUUCUCGUGGAUAGCGAGCUCUACCAUAUUCCGGUUCUUCCAGCUCUGCAGUACCAUCCUCCCGUAGUCAAUCCCCUUCCUCACCCCAACAAAGACGCACCGUCCGCUUUGCCCUAGAUCGACUGUCCAGCUUGGAAGAGGAACAGCCAUUUCUCCGCGAUGCUAUUGCUACUCACACCGACCUUUAAUCUAUUUUGUGAAGACUGCUUGCGAUGAUGUCAAGACCUAUGUUGCUUGUCUUCCUGCUACUGGUACUCAUAAUCACGUCCCAGUUUGAAUGGAAACAACAACUUGUAAAUGAAAUGGAAAUGAGUCCGGCCAUUUCCCAGAAGCAGCAGCGGAUUCUAGACAGGGAAGAAAUUGUCAAGGAAAAAAUAAUCCUAUCUCAAGAAAAGAACAUUCAAAGGCUCACCGAACUUGUGCAGAAUCUUCGAGAACAGUUGUUACAAUGCAGAGGCAGUAACUAUACAAGAAAUGGCUCUGGAAGUACUUUAUUUGAAAAUGCUGGUCAGCUCGAGCGGCAUCAGAUUCGGGAAGAUUAAUCUCCUCAAAUCCUUAAAUCCCUUUGUUCAUCAGGAAGAAAGAAAUGCGAGAUGUUUCAUGAAUGAAAGCAAGUUGGUGGAGGGGACUUCCCAAAGGGCUAGGUUGCUUCUUGUUGAAUGGGCCUCUAGUGUUCCUAAGCUUAAGGGUUGUAAUCUUGAGUUUCUUGGGAUGUAAUCGGGUUGCCAUCUUGGCAUCUCUGUGUUGUUGUUGCUGUUUUUCUUUUGUUUAAUAAAAUUCAGACUCUCUCAUUAGGUAUUCAGCUGAA